AUGGAACUUCCAAUCUUCAACUACCAGUACUUCUGGUCAUUACCAAUUAUUCCAGGUUUAUUAGCUUUCGUAUCCUUCUUGUACUAUCUACAUGUCUUGAUUAUAAGUCCCAGGAAUAUCAGAACAAACAACAAUAUCGACUUCCAUAAAGCCAUACUAUCAGGGGAGUCGGUGCCUGAAGUUGCUGGUGCAUGGCCCAUACUAGGGCAUCUUCCUCAGCUAGUAAAAGGAUCUAAACCUCUGUUCAAAAUCCUUGGGGAAAUGUCUGACAAAUAUGGACCUAUCUUCAUGGUCCGUAUUGGUAUGAACCCAACUCUUGUUGUGAGUAGUUGGGAAAUGUCUAAAGAAUGCUUCAUUACCAACGACAAAUUCCUUGCUACGCGUCCCGCUAGUGCUGCAGGCAAGUACCUCUAUACGGCGUUUUUUGGAUUCUCCUCUUACGGUCCUUACUGGCAAGAGAUCCGUAAGAUUUCUACUUUUAAAUUACUCUCACCUAGGCGCAUCGAGUUGCUCAAGAAUAUCCCUUACUUAGAGAUCGGAAACUGUAUCAAACGAUUACAUCAAUGCUGCAUGAAAGACAAUAUAAAAAAAAAUGAUAUAGGGGCUGCAGGUUCGGCUAGAGUUGACAUGACCCAGGUUUUUGAAGAGCUAACAUUAAACGUGGUGUUGCAGUCAGUUGUAGGAAAGCCACUUUACACCAAGAAUGAUGAUGACCAUGAAUGCACCAAGAAUGGUCAUCAUGACAAAGAGGAAGAAGAAGGGCAAAAGCUCCGCAAGACUAUCAUAGGAUUCACCUCACUAGCAGGAGUUUCGGUUGCAUCGGAUGUUCUUCCAUUCCUUGGGUGGCUGGAUUUGGAUGGACAAAAGAAAAAGAUGAAGAGAGUAUCCAAUGAGAUGAGUUUGGUUGCUGAAAAAUGGCUGGAAGAGCAUCGACUGAAAAAGAGACUUCAAACCACAAGUCCAGAAGCAGAAGGAGGCAGUAUUCAUGAUGAUGUGGAGGACUUCAUGGGCGAGCUAAUGUCAGUUCUUGAUGAAGAAAAGGGUGAUCUCUUCUUUGGUUACAGCCGAGACACUGUGAUCAAAGCCACCUGUUUGCAACUUAUAGCAGCUGCCUCAGACUCCACAUCACUGACGAUGACAUGGGCGCUGUCACUACUACUCACUAAUCUUAGUGUCUUAAGAAAGGCGCAGGAUGAACUUGACACCAAAGUUGGAAAGGACAGAAAUGUAGAGGGACAUGAUAUCACUGACCUCAUCUACCUCCAAGCAAUCGUCAAAGAAACACUCCGGUUGUGCCCUCCUGCCCCACUCGCCGUACCCCAUGAGGCUAUCGAAGAUUGCCAUAUAAAGGGAUAUAAAGUGAAAGCAGGCACACGCUUGGUGGUUAACCUGUGGAAACUGCAUCGUGAUCCUCGAGUGUGGUCAAAUCCAUUAGAAUUUAAGCCAGAGAGGUUUCUUCCUCAGCUGGAUGGUGGUGUUGAUGGUGAAGCAAAGGACUUGAACUUCUGGGGUCAAGAUCCUGAGUACAUACCGUUCGGAUCAGGACGAAGGAUGUGCCCGGGGAUCAACUUCUCCCUACAAACAAUGCACAUGCUGCUAGCUCGUCUACUUCAUUCCUUUGAUUUCGACACAACUGGACUAGUAAUAGACAUGACAGAAGGUUCAGGUUUAACCUUGCCUAGAUUAACCCCACUCGAGGUUUAUCUUCAACCCCGUCUCCCAGUCACACUUUAUUAGAAGUGGUGAAAUGUAAAGAGGGGUGUGGCCAGAUCGUGAGAUCGAAUUUAGCAGUUCCAAGAAAAAUAAAAGAAACCAUCU